CCAUAAUAAUUCUCCUCCACACCCAGCAUCUAACUCCACAAUUCUCCUCCACAACUACAUCGAACUCUACAUUUCUUAUCUACACCCAACAUCGAAUUUAACAGUCUUUCUCCACCUCAUCCAUCGAACUCCUCAACUUUUCUCCACAUCCAUCAUUGAACUCCAUAAUAAUUCUUCUCCACAACCGUAUCAGAUUCCACACUUCUUCUCCACACCCAACAUCGAGCUAUUCUCCUCCACAACUACAUCAAACUCAGCACUUCCCUUCCUCAAAACCUCCACAGCCUCUUCGUGUCUUUCAGAUCUGGCGGGUUGGUGGCGACGCUUCCUGGCUAGUGAGCAGGUGAACAAAGCAGGGAGUCACCUCUCGCUCCUGGUGCUGCUCGUGGUCUACACCGUGCUGGGAGCCAAGAUCUUCCAGGUGUUGGAGUACGAUGCAGAGGUGACGAGGCAGGAGGAGGCGAAGGUGGCGCUGCAGGAGGCCCGACAGGAGUUCCUUACGCGUGUGUUGAGCAUGGGCGGCGGCGGGGACCAGGGCUGGGAGAACGAACCGGGGCAGCCUGAAGACAGCCCCACCACGCCAAGCCCUCUCCUGUAUGACAGUGAUUAUCCGGUGACGGAGGAGGAGGUGCGGGAGCUGGUGUCGGGGUGGCUGGAGCAGUACGAGGGCGCCGCGGAGGCCAGUCAGGGGAGCGGCGUGUCCCUGGUUGGGCAGGAAGCAGAACGCCGCUGGAACUACCCUCAGUCUGUGUUCUUCGUCGCCACUGUCCUUACUACUAUCGGCUAUGGGAACAUCGCGCCCACGACAGCCGGCGGACGGGUGUUCUGCAUCGUAUUCGCCUUGGUGGGCAUCCCGCUCACCCUCACCGUCCUCGCCAACCUGGGCCAGCCGCUCGUCAACCUCCUGCCCGUGGCCACUAUUGAGAGGCUCAUGCCAAAAGGCCGCCUGAAGACAGCAGUGACUGUGUCUGCCACACUGACUCUGCUGAUUACCUUCAUCGCGCUGGGCGGCGUGCUCUUUAUGUGGCUGGACGAUCGCACCUUCAUGGAGUCCUUCUACUUCUGCUUCAUCACCACCACCACCAUUGGCUUCGGGGACAUCGUGCCGCUGUCGACAGUGUCGAUGCUGUGUUUCUUGCUGUACAUCCUGGUGGGGUUGGCGCUCACCACUACCGUGAUCGAACUUGUGCAGCGGCAGUACGCGUCAUCGUGGGCCGAGAUGAAGCAGCUGACGGCACGCCUGCACGCUCUCUCCGGCCCUCUCGCCUCGGCCAUGCGCAAACUGGCGGAGAGCGGCGCGGGCGAGCUGGAGGUGGAUGCUGCCUUAGUGCGGGAGCUACGGGACAUCAACAUCGCCCUGGAGGAGGUGCACCGGCGGGACUCUACCUCCAGCACGCCCCCCGCCGCCGAGCCUGACCCGUGGGGCGCCCUGCUCUCCUCCACGCUCGCCAGGAAGCGGCUCAAGCUGGUCAUGUAUGAGAGCAACGUGUGACGGUAGCAACGACAACAUCGGCUUGAGCAACAACAGCAACAACGGCAGCAAUAGGAACAAUAACAACAACACUGAGCAGGUGUCACCAGCGAUAGGGUCACAGGGCCCAGGAAGCUUGAGUUAUUCUUUCAAUUAUCGUAAAUUACCUGUGUUUCUCUGGGACUAUAGUAACAUUUACACUUCAACACAAUAAGUGACAUUAUUGUUAAAAUACAAAUGUAGCUGAUCAUUCUCGUUGUUUUAUUUAUUUGUAAACGAGAGAAAAUAAAUGCCGUGCGAAAGCUUAUCCUCAUCAAAAUUCGCUCUUGCAUGAAAGCCAUGCCAAAUCAAGCAGAAAUGGGCUCUUUUUUUAUUUACAUUACAAUAUUUGCUGAGUACCUGCCGCGGGUGUAUCAGUGUCGCCUUCGGUGAAAUUUAUAGGAGGGCGUCAGGCAUCUCAAAAGACGUCCGUGUGCGACAUUGACUUCCGUCCAAUAGUUUUUCCUUCCACCCACAACUCCUGGCCUUAACCCUACAAGCCCCGAGUGUGCCACCCCUCAGGCACUUCUAUCAAAACGAUAUUGUAACCUACCUGUAACCUCACCCAGGCGCCCGAAAACCCCGUCAGCGUCCCCAGGAGACUCACCGCUCCUUGUGGCUGGCGUCCAACGUCUGGAUGGGCUACUCACGUUACUUCCGGGUCCUUGGUCCCCUGAGGUGCGACUCCCAGGCGUGUGUGCCACCCUGUGUUCCCUCCGAGAGCGACAGCGUGCGUGAAAUCCAGCCUCUGGCUACCAGUGCACUUUACUGUGGAGAAAGCAAACCCCUUCCACCUCGGCGGGCUCAGAGAAACACAAUCCGCCGGUUUAACGUGGUUUAUUUCUUUGUCACAGUUCCCACACUGUUCCACCGGGGUCCGGCCACUUGUUGACCGUCGAAACCCUCUAAUAAAGUCCACAAACCCAAACACCGCCAAUUCCAGGCACUUUCUCCAAGGGGGUCCGUGCACCGCCACGCUACGAGCCUCGGGUCCCGACCGAGGUUCGAAUCCAACUGCCUGCCGGCGUCCCCCAAGGCCCUCGUGCGCGCCCCAAUCACAGGCCUUCCCGCUCGGUGACGUCACUUCCUGGCGGGAACCUCAGGCAGCCGUAACAUCACCCCCUCCUGUGAAAAGAUGGAGCGUCCUCGCUCCCCAAAAAAAGAAAACACACAUCCCGCCCAAAUAAAGUAAACUCAACUAAACAUGUGCUCAGUCACAAACAAAG